AUGUUUUCCGCCACUUCUGGAGCUGUUCGGGCUGGUGCUCGACGAGUCGCUCCCCGCGUCGCUCGCGCCAAUGUCAAGACUGCCGCUCCGACUACGCUCCGAUCCAUCAACGCCAACCGAGCCCUCUCUACCACCAGGGCCCUCGCCUCUUUGCCUGGCCGCGAUAGGACUCGGGAGAUUGUUGCGCAGACCAUCAACAGCAUUGGUAGCAGGCGGGAGGGUGAGCAGUAUCUGAAGCUCUUCACCUCGGUUGAGUCCCAGAAGUUCGCCGUUAUCAAGGUUGGCGGUGCCAUUCUUUCCGAAUACUUGGACGAGCUUUGUCGCUCGCUGGUUUUUCUUUCCGAAAUUAACCUUUAUCCCGUAAUCGUUCACGGGGGUGGUCCUCAACUCAAUAAUCUUCUGGAGUCGGCUGGUGUUGAGCCCCAGUUCGAAGAAGGUAUCCGAGUUACUGACGCUAAGACCUUGGGUAUUGCUCGCAAGCUUUUUCUUGAGGAGAACUUGAAGCUUAUUGACCGGCUGGAUGAGCUUGGUGUUGCGACUCGAUCUAUUAGCGGUGUUUUUAUGGCCGAUUAUCUUGAUAAGGAGAAGUGGCAGUAUGUUGGCAAGAUCACCAAGGUCAACAAAGAAGCUAUUGAGAAGUCCAUUGAGGCUGGCUAUAUCCCUGUCCUUACUUCAAUGGCCGAAUCUGAAGACGGCCAUCUCCUUAAUGUCAACGCCGAUGUCGCUGCUGCCGAGCUCGCCCGUGCUCUUGAGCCCCUGAAGGUUGUUUAUUUGUCAGAAAAGGGUGGGCUGUAUGAUGGUGAUGGCGAGAAGAUUUCUACCAUCAACUUAGACGCCGAAUUCGACCAUUUGAUGGCUCAGCCUUGGUGUCGAUACGGAACGCGACUUAAAAUCAAGGAAAUCAAAGAUUUACUGGAUACACUCCCCCGCAGCUCAUCUGUUGCUAUUAUCCAUCCUAGCGAUUUGCAAAAGGAAUUGUUCACUGACUCUGGAGCCGGUACCCUCAUUCGCCGGGGAGACAAGAUCCAGAGGAUUUCCUCUGUCAACGAGAUUGAGGAUCUUUCCAAGUUCAAGGAGACUCUGGCCCGCGACCGCCAGGGUCUUGAUGCUGAAGCCACUGUCGAACGCUUUGUCGAUCAUCUCAAGGAGAAGAACUUCAAUGCCUACUACGACGAUGGAAUGCAGUGCUUAGCUGUUGUCCUGCCUGCCAGUGAGGAGCGACCCAUUGCUACACUGGCGACUUUGAACAUCACCAAGGCCGGAUGGCUCAGCAACAUCGCUGAGAACGUCUUCGCUGCCAUUAAGAAGGAUCACCCUAGCCUGGUCUGGACUGUCAGCGAGGAAGAUGAGAACCUAACCUGGUUCUUCGAGAAGGCCGACGGAACCUUCAACAGGAACGGCAACGUUCUUUUCUACUAUGGCUGCGACCUCCGAUCCGACGCUCUGGUCCCUGUCUACGAGGAGUUCAAGGCCCAUGGCCGUGCUAUGUUCGGUGACAACCUUGAAUCUCGACUUCGAGAUGCUGCCAAGACCACCAGCGAGACCUUGAACGCUUCUCAGAGCCGAACUUGA